AUGCCGUCUGCUUUCCAGUUUCAAUGCCACCUCAUUCUCAUCUUCCUGGCAGCCUCCAAGGGAGAAACAAGAUACCUAGAGGUGAGGGAUGCUGGUGAAGAUGACCCCUUCCUCCUGCUCAGUGAGGAUCUGAAGCGAGAGCUGUCUGCAGGACAGAUCUACCGGCGGUCGCUCCGGUGCAUUGACAUGCUGAGUAUAGAGGGGCAGUUCACCUUCACCGCAGACCAACCACAGCUGCACUGCGCAACCUUCUUCAUCGGGGAGCCCGAGGAGCUCAUCACAAUACACUACGACUUUGUAAACAUCGACUGCCAAGGCGGGGAUUUCCUGAAGGUGUUUGAUGGAUGGAUACUCAAGGGAGAGAAAUUUCCCAGUUCCUUGGACCAUCCACUCACCACUUCUCAAAGAUAUGUAGACUUCUGUGAAAGUGGAAAUAUUCAGAGGAGCAUCAGAUCGUCACAGAACGUAGCAAUGAUUUUCUUCAGGAUUCAGCAAGCAGGCAAUGGAUUUACUGUCACAGUCAAGAAAAACAGCAACCUCUUCCCUUGCAAUGUCAUCUCUCAGACCCCCUCAGGAAGGUUUACCAUGGUCAUUCCUCACCAGCACAGAAACUGCAGCUUCUCCAUAAUCUACCCAGUGGUGAUAAAAAUAUCUGAUCUUAUCCUGGGACAUUUAAAUGGUCUCUUUUUAAAGAAACCAUCUGCAGGCUGUGCAGGAGUGGGAGAUUUUAUAGAGCUUCUUGGAGGAGCUGGCUUAGACCCAUCCAAGAUGUUUCCACUAGCUGACCUCUGUCACUCCUUUCAUGGGUCUGCCCAAAUGAAGAUUGGCUGUGACAACACUGUGCUGCGAAUGGUUUCCAGUGGCAAGCACAUCAACCGUGUGACAUUUGAGUACCAUCAGCUGGAUCUGCAGGAAACAGAAACAAGAAAGGAGAACAGCAUUGAGGAAUUCUGCUUUCCUAGUAUCUGA